AUGAAACGGUUCUUGCUCCUAGAGAAGAGGUUGGCGAAAAAUCCAGAACUCAAGAACCAGUACACAGAGUUCAUCGAUGAGUACCGAGCCCUGGGUCAUUGCCGGGAGAUACACGAGGAUGAGGACCCACCUGGAACUCAAGCCUACUACUUGCCACACCAUUGUGUCCUGAAACCAUCCAGUAGCAGCACCAAGCUACGUGUUGUGUUCGAUGCUACAGCGAAGGCGAGUGGUUUAUCCCUAAACGAUGUGCUGAUGACCGGACCGAACAGCCAAAGUGAGUUGUUCACCAUAGUGAUGCGCUUCCGGACCCACCCCAUCGUAUUCUCUGCGGAUGUGUCAAAAAUGUACAGGCAAGUACUAGUGGACCCUUCGCAGACCCGAUACCAGCGAAUCUUCUGGCGAAACAACCCAUCGGAAGCGCUGAAGGUUUUCGAACUGUUGACCGUAACCUACGGAACAUCGGCAGCGUCCUUUCUGGCUGUGCGCUCGCUUGUUCAACUAGCACGGGAUGAGAGCACGAAUUAUCCCACGGCUGCCGAGAUCAUCUUGGACGACUCUUACAUGGACGAUAUCCUUUCUGGUGCGGAUUCGGUUAAUGAAGCGAUCAAACUUCGGAGCGAUAUCGAGGAGCUGAUGCUGAAGGGUGGAUUUCCCGUCAGAAAGUGGUGUUCAAACUCCGAAGAACUCCUUGACAGUGUUCCAGAGGAGGAUCGUGAGAAGUUGGUACCAAUUCACGACUCCAGUGCCAACCAAGCUAUCAAGGCUUUAGGACUCAUGUGGGACCCACGGCGAGAUUUGUUCCUGUUUUGCCAAUCCGCUGAUACGACCAACCCCGAAGCAGUAGUGACCAAGCGACGUGUCCUGUCCCAAAUAGCGAGGUUGUUUGAUCCACUGGGACUCGUCGCGCCAGUGAUUGUGGAAGCGAAAAUGAUAAUGCAAUGCUUGUGGGCCAGCAAGUUAGGAUGGGACGAUCCCCUUGACGAUGAGCUACUCCAGCGGUGGAAUACUUUCCGGACUUCCUUGGAUCAUAUAACAGAUCUUGAAAUUCCCCGGUGUGUCGUGGAUACAGAGAGGGAGGUAUUGGAGAUCCAUGGAUUUGCCGACGCUUCCAAGAGUGCAUAUGGAGCGUGCGUGUACAUCCGUUGCGUUAGACGAGAUGGUUCAGCGGUAGCCCAUCUAUUAUGCAGUAAGUCCAAGGUAGCUCCCCUCCGUGAGAUGACCAUACCUAGGUUGGAGCUGUGUGCUGCCUUACUACUCGCCAAGCUAGUUGCCAAGGUAGCUCCAACGCUGAAGCUGUGUUUCGAUGGAGUCAAGUUGUGGUCGGACAGUAAAAUAGUACUGGCCUGGAUCAACAAACCCCUGGAUCGGUUGCAGGUUUAUGUUCGUAACCGUGUAGCCCAAAUCAAACAUCUGACCGAUCGUUACCAAUGGAGUUACGUGAAUACUUUGAAUAACCCAGCUGACAUUGUUUCACGGGGAAUGCCGCCAGACUUGCUGAAGCAGUGUAGCUUGUGGUGGAAUGGACCAACAUUCCUCAGCACAACCGAGUACGAAGUGGAGGCGAUUACAGAGAUUCCUGAAUGUGAAAUCCCCGAGCUGAGAGAAGUGACCAUCGCAAAUCCAGCCAUAGAGUCGGAGCCGGUCUUUGAACGGUUCAGCUCAUUCACCAAAUUGCAGCGGGUUCUGGCACAGGUGGUUCGAUUCGUCCGACUAGUUCGAACACCUAAGGAGCAAAGGAUACUAUCCAGUGCCUUGACCGUUCAAGACAUGCGAAGAGCCGAGAUUUCCAUCGUUAGAAUUCUGCAGCAGAGUGAACUUCAUGAGGAGAUCCAGAGUAUCCAGCGAGGCGAUUUCCCGAAACGAAUGGCCAACUUGCAGCCGUUUAUCGACGACGAAGGAUUACUACGAGUCGGAGGGCGCUUGCAAAACUCCAAGCUACCUUUCGAAGCCAAGCACCAGUUGUUGCUUCCUCGGAAACAUCGUGUUACGGAAAUGCUGAUACGCAAAUACCAUGAGGACCGUCUACACGAGGGCCAAUCCGGAUUAUUGGCCGCCAUUCGGCAGAAAUUUUGGUUGACGAAUGCACGAUCCGCUAUUCGCAAGGUGAUCCACGAUUGUGUUAAAUGUUUCCGGACGAAGCCACGGAGCAUCCAGCCUCUGAUGGGUGUGCUACCUGAAGCACGGGUCACCGAGCAUGCGCCAUUCGAGCUGACCGGCGUGGACUAUGCCGGACCGAUACUUGUGAAGGAAGGCAAACGCAAGCCGAAGGUAGUGAAGGCGUACAUCUCACUAUUCGUAUGCCUGUCAACGAAAGCCAUCCACCUCGAAUUAGUAUCCGACCUGACCUCUGAUGCUUUCCUUGCCGCUCUCGACCGUUUCAUCAAUCGCCGUGGUCUUGUCCGCAAGCUAUUUUCGGACAAUGGGACCAAUUUUGUUGGGGCUUUGAAGGAGCUUCGACAUCUACGUGAUAUGUUCAACGACCAGGUGGAGCGGAACAAAAUCAACGACUUCCUGAUCGGCCGAGAAGUUGAAUGGGAGUUUAUUCCGCCGAGAUCACCUAACUUCGGAGGAUUAUGGGAGGCCGGAGUGAAGAUAGUGAAGUCCCAUCUCACCAGAACUCUCGGGAAUACAACUCUAACGUUCGAGCAACUCAGCACUGUGUUGACCCACAUCGAAGCGAUUGUCAACUCUCGACCGCUAUAUUCCACAUCAGAUGAUCCCAACGACCCCCAACCGAUAUCGCCUGCACAUCUAAUGCUUGGUCGACCAAUGGAACCGGUGAUCAAGCCAUCGUAUUUGGAUGUACCAGCAAACCGCUUAACCAAAUGGCAGUAUCUGAACCAGAUGAGAGACCACUUCUGGAAAAAAUGGUCUCGAGAAUACCUUUCAACUCUACAAUCGAGAGCAAAAUGGACAAAGAAACAGCCCAACGUAAGGGUCGACACCGUCGUUUUAUUGGCCGAGGAUAAUCAACCAGCACAGACUUGGAAGCUUGGAAGAAUCAUCGCCGUCUACCCAGGAAAGGACGGUGUCGUUCGUGUUGCUGACGUCAAGACAACCACUGGUGUAUACCGUCGUGCAGUAAGCAAACUAGCGCCGCUUCCCUUGCAAGAAACCGACGAGCAACAGUCAUCUAAGUUGGAAUUGCAUUCCAACGGGCGGGACUAUGUUCGCGCACAUGCGCUCCCAAUGAAGGCAGCGGCAUGCGAGGCUGCGCGGGCACUGACACCAAUCAACGCAUCCGAGUCGUCAUCGACCACCGACGCGGUGCUCACACACUCACCCGAGCCGACGGAACAGAAGCUACCUGCGCUGCGAGAGAGUGAGUUCCGUGAGCUCCAAACAUUGAGUUCGGCAGCAGACCGCUGCCGCAGCCGUCAUCAUCAUCAUCAUCAUCAUCGACUGUCGUCGCUCUGCAGUUAG